AUAAUAAUGAACAUAACAUAACUGUUUAAAAUUUGCAUUUUUCGAGUGUACUAGUUUUCUUAGAAGAUUAUUUUAGUUAUAGGGGUUAUUGACUAAUUUAUUGGCCAUGACAAAAACACUGAACUUUAAUAAAGCAUAUUUCUGAAACUAUGUUGUAUCCAUCAAAUCCAUGUGCCAUAGUAACCCCAAUAAAUAGAAAUGUCGUCUACAAGCCAAUGUAUAGAAUCUAAGAAGACGUUUUUAUUUUCUGACAUCUCAAAUGAGGAUAAAAGUUCAGAAUCCGCAACUCUUGCUUCUCAAAGUGUGACGACCAUUGAAGAAAUAGAUGCCGAGUAUGGUUCGUAUACUUGGCCAUGCGCUGUUGUGCUCGCACAGUAUAUAUGGUUCCAUAGAAAACACAUAUUUAAUGGUAAGCACGUCCUUGAGUUGGGUGCAGGAACAGCAUUACCGAGCAUCUUGGCACUUAUGUGCACACAACCUCUGUCUGUUACAUUGACAGACAAGGAGAGCUAUAGUAGAUGUUUUCAGGUGGUUCAGAAAUCAUUUAAAAUUAACAAAAUAGGAAAUGUUAAAGAUCUUACAAGUGACCCACCAACUACAAUGCAAACGACACAACAACAGUUUGUGAACGAAUGUCCUGUGUAUUUUAUGGGCUUGUCAUGGGGACAGGUAUCAUCUAAGCUGGUGGAAAUGGUGUCUGGGUGUAAUGAACCAACACUACCAGAUGUGGUCAUUGCAGCAGAUUGCUUUUUUGAGAAAUCUUUAUUUAACGACAUUCUUAGUUCUGUAUAUUUUCUUUUAAAAAGCAAAUCUGUUGAAAUUGAAAAAAAUGAGAAACAAGGACAAAACAGCAAGGAAGGAAUGUUUAACAAACCCGUGUUUUUAUUCACUUAUCAAGUAAGAAGCAGGAAUUGGACAAUUGUUGCCGAACUGGAGUUUUGGGAUUUAAAAUGUGAACAAAUAUCAUUGGAUACUUUCAAUGCAGAUGUUCCUAAUAUUGCAAUGUCAAACAUGCCGGGGAAUCAUUGUAUUGAAAUGUUGGUGAUUAGUUUGAAGUAACAUGCUGUACUUACAGGCACGAAACCUGCCCACCCCAAAGGCUGUGAGCUUGUCGCUGCUACCUUUUGUAGGCGUAUGUGUCCUUGACUUAAUGUGGUAACUCAGAAGCUGUAACAAUGUGUAUGAAACAGAACACCCGUUACAUACAUUAUAUUAUUUUUUUGCAAUUUGUAAACAUUACAACAAUGCAACGAUAUAUUCACAUGGUCCGAUGGUCAUAUCGCUGCCUCUCUUGUAGUUAAAGCCAACUUAUACCAUGUCAAUAGGUGAAAACUAUAUUUAUAUAUUUUUUAAUAAUUUGUCCUCCUUAGAAAA